UCACACUUCCAAACGGAGUUCUACUCGAGCCACGGACUGCUCGGGGACGAGGCACUGGAGCUAUUUCAACGACACGAAGCGAAUCGGAGUUACUACUCGGUCGAGAUCGAGUCUCCCUCCAAACCCGAAGGACUUGGGGCUUCAUUCACCUGCCUGCGGACCUUCUUCCCUAGACUAAACACCUCAGACGAAGCAGGGAGAGAACGAUCCGGGUAUGUCAAAGCAGCCGGCUUCCAACGUCAGAGCCAUUCAGGCGAAUAUUAACAUCCCAAUGGGGGCAUUCCGGCCUGGAGCAGGACAGCCUCCCAGGAGGAAAGAAUUCACGCCUGAAACAGAAGAGGACAUGCCCCCGACGGCGGAGGACGAGAAGAAACCUCCAGCGGCCAAGAAGCUCCCGGGCCCCGCCGUCAACCUGUCCGAGAUCCAGAACGUCAAGAGCGAGCUGAAAUACGUCCCCAAAGUGGAGCAGUAGCCACGGAGCCGAGGUCAGAAAGGUUUCCGGUGAAAUCUCCAACCGGAAGUCUCAGAAGAUAGAGAGUGGAUUGCGGUGGCUGCGGAUGACGGAGAUGAUUUUAUACAUUUGUACACUCCCCCUUCCCCCAACUCCGUGACUCCCGAAGGAAACCUUCCGGAAGGAGUAUCCUGUCUGAAACUUUCUUUCGACGCUUUCUUGUUGUGUGCGCUGCCUCCAGAUUCAAUAAUCGUCUUCUUCUCCCAGUGGUGGUUGUGGGGAGGAGGAAAGAGGAGAGGGGUAAAAAACAACCCAGGAGAAUAGGCUGAUUGUGCUUGAAUUGUGAACCGUCAAUAAACCGUUCCCCGGGAA